AUGGGUUGUAUGAGCUCCAAGCCCGUCGAUGCGGCGGAGGAGAAGGAUGCUAUUCAACGGAAUGCUAGGAUAGAAAAGGUACUCAAGAACGACAAGAAAGUGAUGGAUAGAACGAUCAAGAUUCUCCUGCUUGGUGCUGGAGAAUCGGGCAAGUCGACUAUUAUCAAACAGAUGCGCAUCAUUCAUGCGGGAGGGUUUCCUGAAGACGAACGGCGCCAGACCCGAGCGGUUAUCUAUUCGAAUAUUGUUGUCGCUUUCAAGGUUCUUCUGGAGAUCAUGCGUACCGAAGACCUUGACUUUGAGCACGAGCAAACAAGACCUUUGGCGGAUUUCAUAGAUAAUGUGGAACCUGACGUGGGUAUCGACGAGGCAUUCUCCGACCUUCGAGUUCGUGAUGCGAUGACCGAGAUGUGGAACGACGGCGGAGUCCAGAAGGCAGUCUCUAAAGGCCACGAGUUUGCUCUCCACGAUAAUCUGAAUUACUUUUUCAGCUCACUGGAACGCAUAUUCGCGCCUGGCUGGCUUCCCGACAAUCAGGAUAUGCUGCAGGCGCGCUUACGGACAACGGGUAUCACAGAGACACUAUUCGAGCUUGGGCAGAUGAAUUUCCGCAUGAUGGACGUUGGUGGGCAACGUUCCGAGCGGAAGAAAUGGAUCCACUGUUUCGAGGGUGUGCAAUGCUUGCUCUUUAUGGUUGCAUUGUCUGGUUACGACCAGUGUUUGGUUGAGGACCAAAAUGCUAACCAAAUGCACGAGGCAAUGAUGCUCUUCGAGUCCUUGGUUAAUGGUGAAUGGUUCAAGCGAAAGCCCAUCAUCUUGUUCCUAAACAAGAUUGACCUCUUCAAGGAUAAACUCGAGAUUUCGCCCAUCUCGAAACACUUCCCAGACUACAACGAUUCGAACACGAACUUCGAUGCUGCUGCAAAAUACUUCGCUGAUCGGUUCCGCGGUAUCAACCGAAUCCCGGACCGAGAAAUCUACAUUCAUUACACUAAUGCCACUGAUACAACAUUGUUGAAGGCUACCAUGGACUCAGUACAGGAUAUGAUUAUCCAGAAGAAUCUCCACACUCUCAUACUAUGA